AAUCUUUUGAACGAGGCUGUCCUGACGACGCUCUUCUCUCUCUCUCUCUCCUCGGUCUGAAUCUGAAUCUGAACUUUGCGUGCCAAAUAUCUGUCUCCCUUCCUCUUCCGGACAAUGGGGAGGAGAGAAAGGCACGACCCAGAAGAGCAAAAUCAAUAGAGGAACGAUCUUUGAAGGAGACUCUCUCUCUCUCUCCUCGGUCUGAAUCUGAAUCUGAGCUUUGCGUGCCAAAUAUCUGUCUCCCUCCCUCUUCCGGACAUUGGGGAGGAGAGAGAGGCACGACCCAGAAGAAUAAAAUCAAUAAAGGAACGAUCUUUGAAGGGGAGAGAGAGGGAGGAGGAGAUGGGGGUCGAGGUUGGUGAGGAGGAAGAUGGGGGCCUCAUUUUGAAGGGUAAGAGAAACAGGUACGAGAGAAUGGACUCCGGUUUCGCGGCAGAGGAGGAAGACGACGCCGACGUCGGGUCCCGUCGCCAAGGAGAGAUCAAGAAUUCCAAUACCCAGAAAUUCGUAAUCGCCUGUGCACUCUUCGCCUCUCUCAAUUCUGUGCUUCUGGGUUAUGAUGUGGGUGUGAUGAGUGGUGCAAUUCUAUUCAUGAAGGAAGAUCUGAAUCUAACAGAAGUGCAGCUAGAAGUCCUUGUCGGGAUUCUAAGCAUUAUUUCUCUCCUGGGUAGUUUAGCUGGCGGGAAAACAUCGGAUGCCAUUGGCAGAAAAUGGACCAUCGCCUUAGCCGCCGUCAUCUUCCAAUCGGGCGCCGCGAUAAUGUCGCUCGCUUCCUCUUUCACUGUUUUAAUGAUAGGAAGACUGUUGGCCGGAAUUGGGAUCGGCUUCGGGGUCAUGAUUGCUCCCGUUUAUAUUGCGGAGAUAUCGCCCACCAUCACCAGGGGACGCUUGACCUCUUUCCCUGAGAUAUGCGUUAAUCUUGGGAUUCUUCUGGGUUACAUAUCGAACUACGCCUUUUCAGGGUUGCCUGUGCAUAUAAGCUGGAGGGUCAUGCUUGGAGUCGGAAUCCUUCCCUCAGUAUUCAUUGGUUUUGCCCUCUUUGUGAUCCCUGAGUCUCCAAGGUGGUUGGUGAUGCGGAACAGGAUCGAUGAAGCGAGGCUCGUGCUAGCUAAAACGAAUGAGAGUGAAAGGGAAGUGGAAAUGAGGUUAUCGGAAAUCCAACAAGCUGCCAGGUUUGCUAAUGUUGAGACGUAUGAUUCCAAAGCCAUUUGGCGCGAAUUGUUAAACCCUACACCUGGAGUUAGACGGAUGCUCAUCACUGGGUGUGGCAUACAAUGCUUCCAACAGAUCACGGGAAUUGAUGCAACUGUCUAUUACAGCCCCACGAUUUUCAAAGAAGCCGGGAUAAAGGAAAAGACUCAGCUUUUGGCUGCCACUGUUGCUGUUGGCUUCACGAAAACAAUGUUAAUCUUGAUAGCUAUAUUCCUUAUUGAUAAAGUGGGGAGGAAGCCUUUGCUAUAUGUGAGCACGAUUGGAAUGACCGUGUGCCUGCUCGGAUUGAGUGUCACUCUAGCUUUCAUGGGUAAUGGAAAAGUCGGAAUUUUGUUAGCAAUCUUAUGGGUUUGUGGCAACGUGGCUUUCUUUUCAGUUGGAAUUGGGCCUGUUUGUUGGGUUGUGUCCUCUGAAAUUUUCCCCCUAAGACUUCGAGCUCAAGCAUCGGCUCUUGGAGCAGUGGGAAGUAGGGUCAGUAGUGGCGUUGUUACUAUGUCUUUCCUCUCAGUUACUCGGAUGAUUACGGUUGGAGGUACCUUUUUUCUCUUUGCAAUUAUUUCUGCACUGUCUGUCAUUUUUGUGCAUAAAUGUGUCCCGGAAACGAAAGGAAAAUCUUUGGAGCAAAUUGAGAUGCUCUUUCAGGAUGAAAAGGAAUGGCAAGGAGGAGAGGUGGAACUAGGAGAUGCUGAGCGUUUGGUUCCGAAAUAAUGAUUUGUUUUACAGUCGAUUGGCUGUCUAAUAAUAUACAUAGGUCAUGGCAAAGGCAAUGCGCAUUUUAGCUUGUCCAGGACUUCAGAAAUUUAUGGGAGCUCAUUUCUGUCGCCGACCUGCCUCCAAUUAUAGCCUAUUCUCUGGGGAAUCUCUUUGCGUCGAGGAGAAAAAUAUUCUGAAGUGAGUGAACGGGACAAGAAGGUUCCAUCAUUGCAGUUAUCGACUUAGGCAGGUCAUAGCUAGUUUGUACACCGUCUUAUUCUUAUUUUUGUGCGUCAUCGAGAUAUUUGAAGAUAUAGUUCAUUCAUGAGGACCGAUUCCAAAGAACAUCUUACAGGUAAUUUUUUUUUACCUUCUGAUCCAUCUCUACGUCCCGAGAUAUUAUCAGCGGCAUGGUGAGAUCUCGGGCUCAUUCCAUGAGAGACUUGGAAGCCAAGAGUAGACGUGUUCUUUGAUGUUCACCCGUCACAAGUUCAAAGUGUUUUAUACUGCUCAAAUUGCCGGAAGAUAACCUGCUCUAAUGUUGUGUAUUGAAAGGAUAACUGUUUUAGAUUAUGGUAGAGGUUGAUCGACUGUGGCCUGUCAAUUAUUCAUUGUAAUUGAGUUUAUGUGCUCUUUAAUCUGGUAUUACAUGAGAUCGUCUUAGGUUUAUUCUGAUUU